AUGGUGUCCCAGGCGCUGCAGCUGCUCCGGCAGGGCGUGUGGGCCGCGCUCACCGGGGGCUGGUACCACGACCCCGAGCAGAGCCGGUUCACCAACAGCUGCCAUCUCUACCUGUGGCUGUUCCUGCUGCUGCUUCCCCUGGCCCUGCACCUGGCUUGUCCACCAAAUGCGGUCACUGCGGUCCUCUACUGCAGCUCCGUAGCCGUGGUCUUCACCACCAUCAAGCUGGUCAGCUACCGCCUGCACCUCAUGUUCGAUGAGGGAGAAGUGGUCCGGCUGCGACCCGUCCAGCAGAGAGAGGAGCCGGCCAGAGACCGAGAGGCCCGCAGCCAGCGCACCACCACUCCCAAGGACCCACGCAGUGACCAGCAGACAGGCAGCGGCAGCGGCAAGAAGGAAGAGGUCCUGGGAAGUCUGGCCACGCCCCCACUGCGCUGCAGCUCCCGAGGGCAGAGCCUGCACUCACGUCACUCCUCAGGGCAAUCGGCCAGUGUCCCCUCGCAUCACUCCUCUGCCCAGUCGGAGUUGCCAGUGCAGGAAACCGUGGACGGCCUCCAAGGUGUCCUCCUCUUGGAAGCCCAACCCAGGGCACCAGCGUCAUGCCCUGCACCAGGCGUCAAGAUGGACAGCUCCCCUGUUUCUGAAGGGCACCGGCCCGAGCCCACCCCCAGGUCAGCACCACCAGUGAAGCCAGUCACUGCAGAAGCCCUCUUCCCCAGGCGAGGCCAGGCAGGAGGAGGCCAGGCGCGAGGAGGCCAGGCACAGCACCCGGCCCGCCACAGAUCCGAGGGUGGCCUGGUGGACAGCGGAGCCCUGAGGAAGCUGCCGCCCCUGUCCCUAUCCCAGUACGACCUUCUAGAAACAGACGUCUCCUUCCAGCCCUGGGGCAGCGAGAACUCAGUCCUGAUUCCAGAACCCACGCACCGUCCACCGGGCUGCACAAGGGAGCCCCUGCAGAGCACAUCCCCCCAGGGCAGCCUGAGCAGCAGCUGUCCUCAGUGCCACACGGUCACAGCCAAGCCUGCAGAGGAGCCGGGGGACACUUCCUGUCAGGUGGACCUGCCCCGCUCUGACAGUGAGGUCGCUGUCACACUCAUCGACACUUCUCAGCCUGGGGACCCCCUGAGUCUGCACGAACCUAUUAGAAUUGUCAUCACAAUGAGCAGCACCCCGAACUCCAUGACAGACUUGGAGAGCUCCCUGCACCUACAGGCAACGGGCACUCACAGGACCGGUCUCAGGUCUGACGCAGAGCCAGCUGCCCCAGGAGCGGACAGCCCGCUGAGCACCGAGCAGGUCAGAGUUCCCACCAUCACCCUGGAACUCUCUGAGGACCGGGGAGGAGGCAUCCCAGGUCCCCAGGGCCACAGGACUGAAGGGAGCCCCGAGGGAUGGCAGGUGGAAUCGUCUUCACAUCAGUGUUCUGACUAUGGAUCCGGGGAGGGGGCCAGUGCCACCAGGGACUAUAGUCCUGCCCAGAAGCCCACCUGGGAAACGGCCCCCACACUCCCACCUGAUGCAGCCUCCCCGUCGGAGGGGGGCAGCGAUGGCCAGGCCAGGCUGGACCCGUCCUCUUGUAAGAGACAUGCCCGUGUGUUCAGUGUGGACAGUGGGACGGAUGUCUUCCUGAGCAGACGCUCCACAGACGUGGCUGGCGACAAGGAGAAAACCAUGCCGACCUCCAAAUCCGACCUGGAGGCCAAAGAAGGUCAGAUGCCCAACGAGUCCAGCUUCCUGGAGUUCGUCUCCCUCAUAGAGUCCAUCGGUACUGCCAAGGUGGCGGCCCCUGGACAGCCGAAGGGCCCGGCAGAGCAGAGUGGAGAUGGCCGGCUUCCUGCAGAUCAUAGUGCCCAGGGGAGGAAGGAGGAAGACCUGGAGAGGGAGAAGCCCUGUGGUCAGGAUUCCAAACCAGGACAGCCAGACUCUCAGCAACAGGACCAUGCCAGCGCCAGCCCCGUGCCCGCUCAGCCUGCCAGGACCGCGGCCCUUUUCCAGGGCAAUAGGCAUAGGCAGAUAAUCUACAGGGUGACUUCCCAACAAGACAGUUCUGUUCUGCAAGUCAUCAGUGGGCCUGAAACAUCUGUGCAAGAGGAGAUGUCUGUGGACGCCAUGCAUGUCUUCAUUGAUGGACAUGGGGAGGUCAGAUCCUGUUAUUUGAAGUCAGGGAAUCAGAAGGAAGGCUCCCUCCAGCACCCACCAUUGGACUCUGCCUGCGUCUCCCAAGCCCGGGAGAUUCAGACCAUUCAGACCAGCUCCUCCAGCACCACUACUUCCGAGAGCCCAGACCCGUCCUCGGGGGACCCUGCCGUCAGCGCCCUGCAACAGCAGCUGCUCCUCAUGGUGGCCCGCAGGACCCAGUCAGAGACGCCCCGGCACGUGAGUCCAGAUCUGGAAAACUCGUCAUGUUCUUCAGCACAAGGAAAAUUUAACCGAGAGCAGUUUUACAAGUUUAUCAUUUUCCCCGGCAAGUGGAUCAAAGUCUGGUACGACCGACUCACCUUGCUGGCGUUGCUUGAUCGCACUGAAGAUGUCAAGGAGAAUCUGCUGUCCAUCCUGCUCAGCACCCUGGUGUCCCUCCUGGGAUUCCUGACGCUGAACCGUGGCUUCUGCAGAGACCUGUGGGUGCUUAUCUUCUGCCUGGUCAUGGCCAGCUGCCAGUACUCCCUGCUCAAGAGCGUGCAGCCUGACCCUGCCUCACCAAUCCACGGACACAACCAAAUCAUAACCUAUAGCAGACCAAUCUAUUUUUGUAUGCUGUGUGGCCUUAUUUUGCUUCUCGAUGCAGGGGCCAAAGCCAGGCGCCCUCCCAGUUAUGUUGUGUAUGGCCUGCAGCUCUUCUCCGCAGAGUUCCUGCAGUCUGCCAGGGACCACUUAAUAGUGUUUGUAUAUUGCUUCCCUGUGAUUUCCCUCCUUGGGCUCUUCCCGCAAAUCAACACCUUCUGCACUUUUCUCCUGGAACAAAUUGACAUGCUGUUCUUCGGGGGUUCUGCUGUUUCUGGGAUCCUGUCGGCCGUGUACAGUGUGGGCCGGAGCGUGUCCGUGGCUGCCCUGCUACACGUCUUCUGCUUCAACGCCGUGAAGGAGCCGUGGAGCACGCAGCAUAUCCCCGCGCUCUUCUCUGCCUUCUGUGGUCUCCUGGUCGCGCUGUCCUACCAUCUGAGCCGGCAGAGCAGUGACCCCACUGUGCUCCUGUCUUUGAUUCAAUGCAGAUUGUUCCCUAAAUUUUUACAUCAAAAUCUGGAAGAGUCGGCCUCAGAUCCUCUCCCCCAGAAGAUGAAGGACUCGGUGAGGGACGUCCUGAGGUCGGACCUCAUUGUCUGCUCUGUGGUGGCCGUCCUCUCCUUUGCAGUCAGUGCCAGCACCGUGUUCCUGUCCUUGAGACCCUUUCUCAGCCUCGUCCUGUUCGCGCUGGCGGGUGCCGUGGGGCUCCUAACCCACCACCUGCUCCCUCAGCUCCGCAAACACCACCCCUGGAUGUGGAUCUCUCAUCCCGUGCUCAAAAGCAAGGAGUACCAGCAGCGGGAAGUGAGAGAUGUCGCCCAUUUAAUGUGGUUUGAAAGACUCUAUGUUUGGCUUCAGUGUUUUGAAAAAUAUAUCUUGUACCCAGCAAUAAUUCUGAAUGCCCUCACUAUCGAUGCAUUUUCAAUAAGCAAUUACCGGAGACUUGGUACCCACUGGGACAUUUUCCUGAUGAUCGUCGCGGGCAUGAAGCUGCUACGCACGUCCUUCUGCAACCCGGUUCACCAGUUCCUGCACCUGAGCUUCACCGUCAUCUUUUUCCACUUCGACUACAAAGAUAUUUCGGAGAGCUUCCUGCUGGACUUCUUCAUGGUGUCCAUUGUGUUCAGCAAGCUCGGGGACCUGCUGCACAAGAUCCGGUUCGUGCUGACCUACGUGGCGCCCUGGCAGAUGGCGUGGGGCUCCUCCUUCCACGUGUUCGCGCAGCUCUUUGCCAUCCCUCACUCUGCCGUGCUGCUCUUCCAGGCGGCCGCCACCUCCAUCUUCUCCGCCCCGCUGAGCCCGUUCCUGGGGAGCGUCAUCUUCAUCACAUCCUAUGUCAGGCCGGUGAAGUUCUGGGAGAAAAACUACAAUACGAGGCGAGUGGACAAUUCCAACACAAGACUGGCCGUCCAAAUCGAAAGGGACCCAGGGGGCGAUGACAACAACCUCAAUUCUAUCUUCUAUGAGCACUUGACAAGGACCCUGCAGGAGUCACUCUGUGGAGACCUCCUUCUCGGUCGUUGGGGCAACUAUAGCUCUGGAGAUUGCUUCAUUUUGGCUUCAGAUGACCUCAAUGCUUUUGUGCACCUGAUUGAGAUUGGCAACGGGCUUGUCACCUUUCAACUUCGAGGACUGGAAUUCCGAGGAACCUACUGCCAGCAGCGGGAGGUGGAAGCCAUCAUGGAGGGUGACGAGGACGACAGAGGCUGCUGCUGCUGCAAGCCCGGCCACUUGCCCCACCUGCUCUCCUGCAACGCCGCCUUCCACCUCCGCUGGCUGGCCUGGGAGGUGACGCGGACGCAGUACAUUCUGGAGGGCUACAGCAUCAUCGACAACAACGCAGCCACCAUGCUGCAGGUGUUCGACCUCCGCAGGAUCCUCAUCCGGUACUACAUCAAGAGCAUCAUAUACUACAUGGCUGCCUCACCCAAGCUGCCCUCCUGGGUGGAAAACGAGUCCCUGCUCAAGUCUCUGCAGCCCUUUUCGCAGUGGCACCACAUCGAGCGGGACCUGGCGACGCUCAACGUGAACGUGGACGACGACUAUGUGCCGUGCCUGCAGGGCAUCACCAGGGCCAGCUACUGCAAUGUGUACCUGGAGUGGAUUCAGUACUGCGCCGGGAAGAGAGAACAGCCUUCAAAGGCCCUAGACAGUGAUGAGGACUCUCCUCUGGUGACCCUGUCCUUCGCCCUGUGCAUCCUGGGGAGGAGAGCUCUGGGAACCGCAGCACACAACAUGGCCAUCAGCCUGGAUGCCUUCCUGCAUGGCCUCCAUGCCCUCUUCAAGGGUGACUUCAGGGUGACGGCACGGGAUGAGUGGGUGUUUGCUGACAUGGACCUUCUGCACAAAGUUGUCGCUCCUGCCAUCAGAAUGUCCCUGAAGCUGCACCAGGACCAGUUCACCUGCCCAGAUGAGUAUGAAGACCCUGCGGUGCUCUAUGAGGCCAUCCAGUCCUUUGAGAAGAAGGUAGUGAUCUGCCACGAGGGGGACCCCGCCUGGAGGGGCGCCGUGCUCUCCAACAGGGAGGAGCUGCUGACCCUGCGGCACGUGGUGGACGAGGGUGCUGAUGAGUACAAGGUGGUCAUGCUGCACAGAGGCUUCCUGAGCUUCAAGGUGAUCAAGGUGAACAAGGAGUGCGUGCGCGGGCUCUGGGCCGGGCAGCAGCAGGAGCUCAUCUUCCUCCGCAACCGCAACCCGGAGCGCGGCAGCAUCCAGAACAACAAGCAGGUCCUGCGGAACCUGGUCAAUUCCUCCUGCGACCAGCCCCUGGGCUACCCCAUGUACGUCUCCCCGCUGACCACGUCCUAUCUGGGGACGCACAGGCAGAUGAAGCAUGUGUGGGGCGGACCCAUCACCUUGGACAGACUGAGGGCGUGGUUCCGGGCCAGGUGGCUCAGCAUGCGCAAGGACUGCAGUGUGGGACAGCACAACAGGGGCAACAUCGAGGAUGUGGAUGGAAGCGGAGCCCCUACAGCGGGCAGCUACGCGCCAAGCGGAGACAGCAGGGAGAGCAGCGCGGAGCAUGCCCGGAAAGGUGGCCCCCAGCACUGGACCUCAUCACGGGAAGGAGCCCAGAGGACAGGCAGGAGGAAGGGCCGGAGCCAGUCUGUCCAGGCGCACCCAGCCCUGAGCCAGAGGCCACCCGCCCUGAGCUCCUCAGGGCCCAUCCUAGAGAGCCGCCAGGCCUUCCUGCAGACCUCCACGUCAGUCCAUGAGCUGGCCCAGCGGCCCUCGGGAAGCCAACUCUCCUUGCACACCUCUGACGCCUCCCUGCAUUCUCAGCCGCCACCUGUCACCACCACAGGCCACCUGAGUGUCCGUGAGCGGGCGGAGGCACUCAUCCGAUCCAGCCUGGGCUCCUCCACCAGCUCCACCCUCAGCUUCCUCUUCGGCAAGAGGAGCUUCUCCAGUGCGCUGGUCAUUUCUGGGCUCUCUGCCGCAGAGGGGGGGAACACCAGCGACACCCAGUCCUCCAGCAGCGUCAACAUCGUGAUGGGCCCCUCGGCCAGGGCCACUGGCCAGGCCACACGGCACUUCUCAGAGCCCUGUGAACCCUCAGAUGCAGCUGAGCAGGGGCAGCCGCAUGACGGACGGCUGGCAGAGGCCGUGGCAGAGAACCGGGGGCUGAUCUGCAGGAGAGCGAGCCAGGAGGACAUGGGCCUGGAUGACACGGCUUCACAGCAAAGCGCCUCAGAUGAGCAAUAGCCAGCACAUCUGGCCGGAGAGUCCGUCCUCCGCAGCCCUCCUCUGUCCUCCCCUUACCCCAAACCGAAGAGCCUGGCUACGAUCCCUGGGGUCUCCUCCCAGGAAAAGCAAGAGCUGCUUAGGAAACACUGACUUUAUCUCAGGUUCUUGAAAACGACCCACGUGACAGUGGCGGGCUGGGGGAGGGACAGGCCCCCUCCCCCAGCACUGCACAAGAGCCCACACGUCAGACGAAAGCCAUCUUGUACCUUAGACCAUCUAGACUAAGUAGAGCCCUGACUAACUCCCUCCUGCCCUGAUGGAAGUAAGGCCACUGCAUGCUGAGUCACUGACAUCUCCCACUCGUCAACGUCCUCACUGCCCUGUCACCACGAGGAAGAGGUGGACCGAAGCGGGGGAGGCACCAGCCAUCUAGGUGCCUGAUUCAUAGAGAAGACAUCCUCUAUCCCUGGGUCCACGCAGCAGGAAGUGCAGACGGCCCAGCUCCCACAGCCCGUGAUAGUGCACGUGGUCACGGCUCCAGUGCCCUGUGCGCAGCCAGACCAGGCCAGGAUGCCAGGGUGGAGGCUCAGCGCGGUGAGCCAUGGGGGAGCCGCACGGUGCUCCUCCACCCAGCCCCAGGAUUGGCCCAGCCGUGCUCCCCGUGUGCCCCAGGCCCGCGUACUGUCUUCCACGCUGAGCAACACCCCCCCCGCCCCCCGCUGCCAGCACAAGCACACUGGCACAGCCUUUGUCCUAAGAAUUAAAAUGUUUACAGCUACUGCCGCGUCUGUCUGG